AUGCACUUUUUUGCAAAUCAUUAUGCGUUAAAUGUUAUGUGUACCUUCAUUAAAUUAACAACGUAUUUAAAGGAGUAUGGCAUCAGCGAAAGCAGUAAAGUGAUUAUUGGGCAACAUGUGUGUACUCCAUUGUUGAAGAAAAUUAGAAGUGACCUGCAUCACUGCGUGGAAAAUCCGAACGAAGAUGACACUCAGACUCGUCUUGAUCCAAGAGCCUCUCAAGGCAUAGCUACUCCUCUUCGACAUGUUCGUACCCGUCUUUAUUUCACCAGUGAGUCCCAUAUCCACACUUUGAUGAAUUUGAUCAAAUAUGGCGGUCUGUGCAGCCGUGCCAUGCAUUUUCUGUCAUCAUCAGUCACUGAAUACAAUUACAUGACGCAAGUGGUUCUCAUGGUCUAUGAGGACAGUCGAACAGCAGGCAAGCAAGACACUGAUCGCUUCCACAUCGAGCUGUUAUUCUCUCCUGGCCUGUACCCGUGCUUCCUCACCGAAAAGGAGCGCAUCUAUGAAACGCGUUUUCCAAAGUUAUUUUUUGAAUUGUUUUCCUUCCUUAUUUUCCUUAUUGAAAGUGUUAUUUUUGUUAUUCUCAGCUGUUUCCUCCUUCACAAUUAGCA